UGUUGCUGACAAGGGGCCCCACUCUAUGGAGCUACCUUUCCUCACUUCCGUCACACAUUACCGUAUUGCAACUUCGUCUGGAUAAUCCCGGAUAAGCCGCAAGCAACGCCAAUGGCGCCGCCGCUCCUCCUCCUCCUCCUCCUGCUGCCGCUCCUCGCCGUGGCCGCCGAGGCCGUCCCUCCCACGCCGACGGCCCGGUCCAACCCCGCGGCAGCAGGCGGCGGUGCAGGUGCUCCCCCAGUCCCGACGCCGUGGCCGGAGCAGUUCCACGCGGUGAUGUUCACCAACCUGACCGAGAGCGGCGGCCGCCUGCAGCUCAUCGACCUCUACUACGACUGGCCCCGCGGCCGCAACCUGAAUCUCAUCCGCAACCAGCUCUCCGGCGACCCGACCUACGACGUGGAGUGGACCAACGGCACCUCCUACAUCUUUGACUCCGCCUCCUGCCGCACCAUACGGUUCCCCGUCGGCGUCCUGCCCCCGGACUGGCUCCACGGCGCCGUCUACCUCGGCCGCGAGACCACCGACGGCUUCGACUGCCACCUCUGGACCAAGGUCGAUUUCGUGUGGUACUACGAGGACGUCCUCACCCACCGCCCCGUCCGCUGGAACUUCUUCAAUGGGAUGCAGCAGCAUGUGAUGAGCUUCGAGGUGGGCGGGGUGCUAGAGGACUCCCACUGGCAGGCACCCUCGCACUGCUUCACUGACAACGCCGCCGCCGCCAUCGCCACCG